GUAUAUCUGUAUACAUUAUAACAGAUCCAACUAUUUUAACAUCAAAUUUUUUACAAAGUUAGUCAUUUUAACAGAAAAUUUCAAUGAUGCUUUAGGGUUGAAGUUAAAUGAUGUUCAAGCAACUUGCUUUUUUAAUCUUUACAGUGAAUCCCUUCCCUUCAAAUAUCUAUGACCAAACAUGUCAAUUUCAACACCUCAAUGAAAUCUUCUGCAACAGUCUUGAACAUUUUCUUAAUCUUUCUUCUCCAUUUUCAGAUGGGAUCUUCAGAUCCAGUCCAGGAAGUCUUGCUCCAGUGUCUUUCUGCGCAUUCCACACCAAACCCACCAAUCUCCCAGGUCGUCUUCUUCCCUGAUAACCCUAAUUACCCAUCUGUUUUGCAGGCUUACAUCAGAAACCUGAGAUUCACAUCCCCAUCAACACCAAAACCACUUUUCGUUGUCACCCCUGUUCAUGUCUCUCACGUCCAGGCAUCAAUCAUCUGCGCCAAACUUCAUGGGUUGGAGCUCAGAAUUCGUAGCGGCGGCCAUGAUUAUGAUGGUCUUUCUUAUGUCUCUACUUCUCCUUUUAUCGUUCUAGAUAUGUUUAAUCUAAGGUCCGUAAGGGUUGAUUUGGAAGAUGAAAGUGUUUGGGUUGAGUCAGGUGCUACACUUGGUGAGCUUUUUUAUAGUAUUGCAGAGAAGAGUAAGAUCCAUGGAUUCCCAGCUGGGGUUUGUCCUACAGUGGGUGUUGGUGGCCAUUUUAGUGGAGGGGGGUAUGGAAAUUUGAUGAGGAAAUUUGGGUUAUCAACUGAUAAUGUGAUUGAUGCCACCAUUGUUGAUGCAAAUGGCAGAGUUUUGAAUAGAAAAUCAAUGGGGGAAGAUCUGUUUUGGGCUAUAAGAGGAGGAGGUGGAGCUAGUUUUGGAGUCAUUCUUUCAUGGAAAAUCAAAUUAGUUCCUGUCCCUGAAAUUGUUACUGUUUUUAGAGUUGAGAGAACAUUAGAACAAGGAGCAACAGACAUUGUUCAUCAAUGGCAAAUUGUUGCACCAAAUAUUCAUCAAGAUUUGUUCAUUAGAGUGGUUUUGUUACCAGUAACCAGGAAGAACAAUGAGACUAUCAAAGCCAAGUUUGUAGCUUUAUUUCUUGGAAAUGCUCAAGAACUUAUGGGUUUAAUAGAUUCGAAGUUUCCUGAAUUGGGUCUGUCAAAAGAUGAUUGCAUUGAAAUGAGCUGGGCGGAAUCAGUAUUGUUUUGGGAUAAUCAUCCUAAGGGUACAUCAAUGGAGAAUUUGCUUGACAGACAACCAAAAUCAGUCAAGUUCUUAAAGAAGAAAUCAGAUUAUGUGGUUGAACCAAUUUCAAAAACUGAUCUUGAAGGGAUAUUCAAGAAGAUGAUUGAGUCGAGAAAACCAGCAUUGACAUUAAAUCCAUAUGGUGGGAAAAUGAGUGAAAUUUCAGAAUUGGAAACUCCAUUUCCUCAUAGAGCAGGCAAUAUUUACAAAAUACAAUAUUCAGUGACUUGGAAAGAGGAAACUGCUGAAGCUGAAGAUACAAACUUGGGUCUGAUUAGAAAGCUGUAUGAUUAUAUGACACCAUAUGUAUCAAAAAACCCAAGAUCUGCUUAUCUAAAUUACAGAGAUAUUGAUUUGGGUGUGAAUGAAAAUGGCAAUGCAAGCUACUCAAAAGCUAGAAUUUGGGGUGAAAAGUAUUUUAAUAAGAAUUUUGACAGGUUGGUGCAGGUAAAAACCAUGGUAGAUCCUGGUAAUUUCUUCAGGUAUGAACAAAGUAUACCAAGCAUUGCAGCUUGGGAGGGUAAAAUGGCAGAGUAGAUGCUGCUUGGAACAGGUUCAUAUGAGAUUUAUUUCCUAUUUCGGAAAUUGAUACUGAAAAGGGAAACUGGUAUUGCAAAGUUCAAA